CUGGGUAAUAUAUUCUAUUUAUUUUUUUAGAGUUCAAGAAGCAGAACAGACAUUGAGAGGAACUUCAGUUUCUGAUCAAUUACAAUUACAUCCAUGUUUUACGGGUACAGUUACAUUGCCAUAUGCACAUUCUCUUUUGGCUCGAAUUUUAUGUGAAACUAAUCGUGUUGAAUCAGCACGUACUCAUUGGGCACAAGCAAUUCGGUUAAAUCCAUUACUUUGGUCUGCUGUCCGUUCAUAUUGUGAUGUUGGAGGAGAAAAAAUGGUCGAAUUAUUACAGCCUUCUUUGGAUGAAUUAGCAGAAUGGAAAUCUGCAAAUAAUAUUAUUGAUGAUUUAAUUGAAUCUAAAGAACAAGAUAAUAUUGGAGAGCGUGGACAACGUUUGGCAUCGAAAAUAGCUAGCGGGAGAAUUAAAAGCAGCUCUGCGUCGUCAAAAAAUAUUUUUCAUUUCUUUUAA